AUACGUAAGUAGUAAAACCUUAAAGUCACAGCUUAAGUGCACAAGAAGCCAGUGCAGGCGAGCCAGUAUAGGCGUAAUGUGAUCAAACUUUCUUGUUCUUGUCAAAAGUCUAGCAGCCACAUUUUGUACCAACUGUAAUCUUUUAAUGCUAGACAUGGGGGGACCCAAAAAUAAUAUGUUACAGUAAUCGAGGCGAGAUGUAACAAACGCAUGGAUAAUGAUCUCAGCGUCUUUUGUGGACAAAAUGGAGCGAAUUUUAGCGAUAUUACGGAGAUGAAAGAAGGCCGUUUUAGUAACGCUUUUAAUGUGUGACUCAAAGGAGAGAGUUGGGUCGAAGAUAAUACCCAGAUCGUUGCUAACAUGCUAUUUAGGCUAGCUAUGUGUACAUAUUGCAUCGCUAUGCCUCAUUUGUAGGUAUAUUUGAGGCCAUUUAGUUUCCUUUUACUCCUCUUAAUUCAAUUUAUAGAUCUCAUGACACACUCUUUGUAUGUAAUUUGGCUUUUAAUUUUCUGCGGCUCCAGACAUAUUUAUUUUUGUAUUUCUAGUCCAAUAUGGCUCUUUCAACAUUUUGGUUUGCCGACCCCUGGUCUGGGUUAAUGCCACACGGCUAUAAUUGCGGAUAAAACAGCGGAAAAAAAUUGGCAAAGCCCAAAAACCUCUGUAGUAGUUUUUAAAAGUAGGUGUGGGCUAGUCCAACACCACCUGGAUUUUAGCUGGGUCGAGUGUAAGUUGUCCCUGUUUGAUUACAAACCCCAAAAAUGACAAGGAGGAAGUGUGAAAAGCACAUAUUUCUGCCUUGACAAAAUGCAUAUUUUCAAGUAGUCUUUGAAAUAUCAGGCAAACUUCUUGUGUGUUCCUCUAGUGUGCAUGAAAAACUCAGUAAGAAGUAAUUAACCUAAAGUGUCGCAGAAUACCUUAUUUAUAAAACCCUGAAAAACAGCGGGGGCAUUCGUGAAGCAAAAUGGCAUUACCAGAUAUUCAAAAUGUUCCAUGGGCAUGCUGAAAGCUGUCUUCCAUCCGUCCCCCUCUCGGAUUCAAAUUAAAUGAUAAACAUUACGAAGAUGUAUUUUUGUGAGAAAUCUGGCCUGAUUAAGGAAACUGAAACCGGAGUCAAGCGGAGGUAUGGGAUACUUGUUCUUUAUGGUGAUAUCAUUAAGUGCCCGAUAAUCAAUACAGGGUCUCAUAGUCUCAGUGAACCAUCUUUGUUCUCCACAAAUGCAGCCAAUGGUGAGGAAGAAGGAGGGAUAAAACUAGACGCAAGGUCAUUAGAAAUAUAUAGCACAAGGGCCUCAUGAUUUGGAUUGGAUAUAUUACAAAGGCGAAAAGUAGGGUGGGAAGCACCCGGAACGAGGUCAAUACCGCAAUCAUAAGUCGAUGGUGGGGCAAUGGCGUGGCUUGUUCCUCGCUGAACACCUAACUCAAGUCAUGGUACAUAGGUAGAAAAAAUUGAGAUAUUUGACCUCCUCAGGAAUGAUGUUAACAAGUUUAGGUAGACACGGACCGGCAGAUCUAAGAGUGUGAAUGGAAAAAAAACACUCCAUCUACAAAUAUUAUUGUGAGGGUAGGACAAAAAACUGAUGGACCUUUAUAUGAUUCCUUGACAACCGAAGGGUAAGAGGAGCAGUCUGAAAUGCUACUUUGGCUAGCAGACCCCCGUCGAGUGAAUGUACAACUUUGUGUAUCUCAAGCGGCAACACAGGUAUAUUAAGUAUCCUGACUAACUCCUCAUCUAAAGAACAGUCAUCAACUCAGAAAUCAAUAAAGUCUCAAUAUCAAAUUUAUUGUUAGCAGAAGACGCUCAAUGGUAGGUUUGAGUCAAGGACAAAGGAGAAAGACCUAACAUCGGUGUCAUCCCACUGGAAGUGGGUGAUAACACCUGGUCACGUGGCCGCUGAGUCGCAGGUCGUGAUGACGUGACCGGCGUGUCCACAGUACAGGCAGAGGUGUAGUUGCAAAUGGCGACUUCUUUCAUCAAAGUCUUCAGGAAUGUCAAUAGACACCAUGUCCUGAGUCAAGGCAUCCAACAAGGUAGUUAAAUACCAGUCGCUCUUUGUGCCGAGGGUGCGAAAUUGGAUAGCAUAAUCAGAAACAUCUCCACUUGCCGUAAGCAGUGGAGGGAGCGCGUUGCCUCUCUCUCGGUGGAGUCUUUUGAAAAGGUAAUUUCAAGGCUAUGGAAAAUACCUGGAAUAAGUUGCAGAUCAGGCACUGUUGGGUCCACUCUGCAGUGGCCCAUGCACAUGGGAAAUGGCAAACACAACCUGAGCACGCUCGGAUUGGAAAGCGGCUGGUUGAAGUUCAAAAUGGAUGGAGCACUGGACUAAAAAAGCUGUGACGUCACCCGAGUCACCAGAAAAAAACUCCGGGCGAGAGACGAUGGGGCAGGAGGCUGGCGCACUAUCAGCAGGAGUCAGAGAGAAAGAGGAAUGGGUACUGGGCUGCCGACAGGAUGGGCGCCAUGCUGGAGCAAGGCGGCAAUGGAGUCUGGAGAAGCGGAGACGAGAGCUGGAGUGUCGCUACAUUGACGAGCUGGCUGAGUUGCUCUCAUCUAAUAUGGGCGACAUUGCCAGCCUCAGUGUCAAGCCUGACAAGUGCCACAUACUCAAGAGCACAGUGGACCAAAUCCAGCAGAUGAAACGCCGCGAGCAGGAGAAAGCAGCUUUUCGAUCUCCUGAUGACGAGGUGCAAAAGAGCGAUAUAUCCUCCAGUAGUCAGGGCCUGCUGGAGAAAGAGGCCCUGGGGCCCAUGCUGCUAGAGGCCAUUGAUGGCUUUUUCUUUGUGGCGAACCGUGAGGGACGCAUCGUCUUUGUCUCUGAGAAUGUGCUGAGUUACCUGGGAUACACUCAGGAGGAGCUGAUGACCUCCAGCGUCUACAGCAUCCUUCACGUAGGAGACCAUAACGAGUUUGUCCGAAAUCUGCUGCCCAAAAGUCUGGUAAACGGUGUACCAUGGCCUCAGCAACCAGGCCGGAGGAACAGCCACACCUUCAACUGCCGCAUGCUGAAAAGGCCGCCCGACGAAGCGGACUCCGAGAACCAGGAGGCCCGGCAGCAGUACGAGAUCAUGCAGUGUUUCACCGUGUCCCAGCCGCGGGCUGCGCAGGAGGAAGGAGACGACCUGCAGAGCUGCCUUAUCUGCAUUGCCUGUCGUAUGCCUCGCACCCAGCCUGUCUGCACAGAGUCUUUCAUCACCAAGCAGGACACCACAGGGAAGAUCAUCUCUAUAGAGACCAGCGCCUUGCGAGCGACAGGCCGGCCUGGCUGGGAGGACCUUGUCAGGAAAUGCAUCUAUGCGUUCUUUCAGCCGCAGGGAAAAGAGCCCUCCCACGCCAAAAAGCUGCUGCAUGAGGUGAUGACCCUUGGCACCGCCAUCAGCCCGCUGUACCAUUUCACGAUAACUGACGGCACGCCGCUUAGUGCUCAGACACGAUGCAAGUUCUGCUGUCCCCCAAAUCCAGACGUUCAGCCUUUCAUCAUGGGCAUCCACACUAUUGACAGGGAACACAACACUGCUAGCUCUCAGGAAAACACUAACCCCAGCCUUCCGCCAACUCUCGGCAGCCUUGCCCAGACGCCCUCUCACUCGCCGGUCCUCGCUGCUGGCAGCAACUCAACACAGACCUCAGGCCGCGCCGCCUCCACCGCCGCCGCCACCUCUGGGCUUCACCUCAAAAACAGCAACGUCUCCUCCCAAGGACUAAACCCGGCUACGUCCACGGGAUACCUGUCGCCCGUUCGAACGCGACCCCAGCAGGUUAACAGCCCCUCACCCUUAAGCAGCCCAGUCACAGCCACCCCUACCUCUUUUAUGUCAUCUGCCAUGCCAAGGGCCAGUCCUGGUUUAGGAGGGAGCCCUCGGGUGCCAGGUCUCCAUUCUCCAGCUCGAGCACUGACCAGACAGCAUUCUGGUGGUGAUGGUAGUAACGGCACCAUCGCUGGAUCAAAAGGAUCAUUCUUUAGACAAGCCGGUACCCCCACCGGCUCCUUAUCUCGGUCCGUAGCGGAGGGAGGUGUAGAGGACUCUGUUAAAGCCCCCCUCCCUUCUUCCUCACCACUUGGUAACCUCAGACUCAAUCAGCCCCAAGACAGCAAUGGCACAGGAGUUGAACGCGCCAACAGCGCCAUCCAUUGCACCUCGUUGCCUCAUUCCAAAAAUUCUCCCGGUCCACAGUGUCCGGCCUCCCACAGCACUCUUACAGAACGACAUAAGAUCCUACACAGACUGCUCCAGGACAGCAGUCCCAAUGAUUCCUCAGCCACAGCCAACACCACCUCCGAGGACGAAAUUAACAGGAGUGAAGUGGAGAUCAAGAAGGAGCCGCCAUCGAGUCCGGUGGUGAGCAUUGCGCCGCUCAAAUCUGGUUCCAGAGAGCCGCAGGACCACCAGUUGCUCCGAUUUUUGCUCGAUACAGAUGAGAAGGACUUGGCAGACCUGCCUCCUCCUUCAGCUCUCAGCCUGCAGACUGUCCGAGUAAAGGUGGAAAAGCGAGCAACCGGCAAGGCGUGUGUGGUGACAGCGAAGUCCACAGGCGUCUUCAGCUCUUCGGCCUGCGUCAGCCCCAAGUCGAGCCCCGUUGGGGAGAGCCGGCGUGACAGCCGCCGGAAUAGCCGAGACUCCACGAUGUCAAGCGGACCUGUUGACACGGAUCCCCCCACCCAGCUGCUGCCUGGUCUAAGAGGCCCAAGCGGGGCCAAACAGGGCACUAGCGAAUUAGCCACCCCUGGAGGAGGCCCCUUGCUCCACUCUCCUGUCACCCAGCCUCCUGCUCGGCUCCAGUCACCAGGGCCUGCGCUCCAGUCCCCCCUGUCUUUUCCACACUUGCAGUCCCCGUCACCUCAGCGCCACUCCACCUCGCCUCAGCCCAAACUGCAGUCCCCCACUCAGCUCCAGCCUGGCGAGGCAAACACUCCACGUGGUGUAAAUGUGAAGAGGGAGACUCCCAGCACUCCCAACAGAGGCCACAAUGACGGUGGAAUUGCUUCAGGCUGUCGCCUCCAAAGUCAGUCAUCUUUCGAUUUCUGCAGUCCCCCGACUCCCAGCCAGGCCCAGGGAGACCUCUUCCAGACUCCCAAAGACAGCGGCCCCUCUCCCGAGGCAGAAAUCAUCAAUCCAUUCAGUUCAAGCACUGGCCCUAGCAAGUUGGACUUGGCUGACUCUCAGUUCCAGCCAUCUUCUGACACAUUGUCCUUUGAGGUCCUCGGAACCCCGUUACAAGCACCCCUGGCCUCGCCCCAAGAACAGUGUGUGCCCUGCAUGCUGGAUGAAGUCUUGGGCCCGCCCACCACACCUGAGGCCCGGAACGAUGAGAAGGCUCUGCUGGAGCAACUUGUAUCCUUCCUGAGUGGGACAGAUGAGAGUGAGCUAGCCGAGUUGGACAAAGCCCUGGGUAUUGAUAAACUAGUGCAAGCUGGCUGCUACAACCCGGUGCCUCAAAGCUUCCCUACUCAACAAGUCACUGCCAUCCCGGUCUCAUUGGAUCCCAAGUUGCCCUCCAGUUCUUCCCACUUCACGCCUGCUCCACAUUCUCAGUUACCCCUGGAGCUGCAGGCCAAUGUGGGGCAGCAGGGUUUCUGCUUUGGAGCUGCUCGAGGACCGUUCCCAAGCGGGACGCACGCCUUAGGUCUCAGACCUGGGAUGACCCGGCCGCAAGGGAUAGGCACCCAGGUCAGGGUGCCACCCAACCAGCUCCGUCUUCAGCUGCAGCAAAGACUUCAGGGUCCUCAGCAGCUCCAGAACCGACUGGUAAUGAAUGCUUUUCCAGGAGGAGGUCAGCAAGUGAACUUGGGGAUCGGUCUGGGGGCGCAGCAACCUCAAAUUCCUUCACAACCUCCAUUGAAUGCCCAGAUGCUAGCGCAGCGUCAGCGGGAGCUCUACAGCAUCCAGCACCGUCAACGCCAGCUUUUCCAGCAAAAGGUCAUGUUGAUGAGACAAAACAUAGGCGGUUCCCCUAAGGUGGUCACCAGGGCCCCGAAAAGUGCCCCCGCCAACAUGUCUGCGCCUCUGCAUCAACAACAGUUCAACUUCCCUGUCUCAGGAAACCCUACCUCACCAAGUCACUUCAGUGGUCCCAUGCCGGGGGGUCCCCUGGACAACAAACUGCCCGCCAGUGUUACCCUAAAUAGCCAGACAUUACUGGGGGGCGUUCAGGCUCAGUUUAGCAGUGUUGGCAACUCAUCAUUGCAGCAAAGUCUGAUGCAACAGUUUGGGAGUGCUGCCACGCUGCAGCCAGAAACGCCUUUCCCCCCUGAGAUGAGCCCAACCAGUCCCUUGUUGUCGCCACAGAACCCCACCUCGCAGAGUCCUCUGCUCCAGCAAGCCACGCCUCCUGGCUACCAGUCUCCAGACAUGAAGAGUUGGCAGCAGGCGAGCGUCGGUAGCAACAGCCUCUUCAGUCCAUCAGCGCUCGGUGCAGGACAGACUUUUGGCCAGCAUGGAGUGUACAACAACAUGAGCAUCACGGUGUCCAUGGCCGGGGGCUCAGGCAGUGUGGGCUCCUUACCUCCCAUUGGGCAGCCUGCUGUUGGCUUGAACAACAGCAGCGCGGGUUCCAUGUGUAGCGACCAGCAGGUACAACAGGUGCAGGUUUUUGCGGACGUCCAAUGCACCGUCAACCUGGUGGGGAGUGAGUCGUACCUGACUCAGGGCUCUAUCACAGCAGCCACCGCCGCCGCCCAGAAGGGACCCGGACCUCCGGGACCCCAGACCAGUCAGGCCCAGCAGAAAAGCCUCCUCCAGCAGCUGCUCACAGAGUGACAACCCCGCACUCUACCACUGUGGCGCUCCUGCUCCCUCUUCACUUCUACACCGACGCUCUGGACCCGUCGCUGUCUCUCUCACCUUUUAAGAUGGAUGCUGGGACGGCGCCGGUUCGCGCCGGUCUGGCUGUUGGUGGAGUUAAAACAGCUCGCCAUUGGCGCGCUCUGUUCUUGGAGACGAGACUAGAGUCAGAAGGAUGAGCAGUGUGUUUGAAGCUGCCUGUCUGAUCUGUCUGACAACCUGUCUGUCUGCCUCAGCCUAUUGAAGGCAGUGUUGUCUUGCUGCUCAUUCCCCCGCUCACCUACUUCCUGGCCCCCGCACACGAACUGCUGUGUGUGCGGGACUGCCUCUCGCGGCUCUCUGGAUUUCAUUUCAUUCGAUGUUCUUUGUACCUGUCUCUCAGCGAUGUGGGAAUGUCAACAGUUUGCGACCUCAGUGGCAUUGUGGGAUAGAAGCUCGGUAUCAGCUGGUUCUGCGAAGGUCUCUCAAUCAGCUACAGUGCCUGGUGGAAGUUUGAGUUUUGUUCCCAAGCUCUGCUUCUUCUUCUUUUUCUUUGUCUUUUUCUUCUUCUUCUUCCACACACGAUUGCAUCUUUUUGUUUUUAAUGUAUUUUAUUUUGUAAAACUCUGAAAGUUCUGCUCUCCUUAUCAGCAUCAUCAUCAUCAUCAUCUUCUUCAUCUUGAUGCUCAUCAGAACAAGCUUUGACAGAAACCAGGACGGUUGGAUGAAUGGAUGGAUGGAUGGAUGGGAGACAGACGGGAUGCUGCUCACUUGGAAACUUACGUGUCUUUCUCUGAUUUUGUUUUUUAUUAAGUCUAAACACAAGACUUUUUGGAUCAAACUGUCACAUUUUAGCCCUCGCCUCAGCAGCUGUGAAUACCAGGCCCGCUCGGCCUCUCUCUAAUUCUCUCUCUGUGUUUCCCAAUGCUAACUCGGCCUAUCAGUGUUUGCCAUGCAGCCGUGUAGUAUUGUUGUACAGUACAGAAGGACUACAACUGGCUGUUCUCUAAAAGAAAAAUAAUUGAUGACUCAGCAGCAGCAAAGCCUUCUCAAAUGUGA